UUUAAGCGUAAAUUUCCUAUUAUCCAAUCGCUUGGGAUAAGAAACAUGGCGGCGCCAGAACAAACGAGCAAAAAAAAUUUCUGGGUUUGAACCUUAAACCUCUCAAAGAGUAAGCUUUCUUUCAGUUAAUCUCUCUGUAUAUUUUUUGCGCACCACGAAGCAUAUUUGUUUUUUGGAGAUUUAAUUGGUUUAAGAUGGAAUUAAUGAUAUCUGCAAGGCAAUCCAAUGAAAGUUUUUGCUCAUUUCAUCAUCCUAUUCGUGAGCAGAGCUCGAUUAAACAUAGAAUUAAAAUUUGUUGGACAAACUUUGUUUCAGAGAAAACGAAAAUUGAUCGGUUUAGGAAAAGACGGCGAAAUCGGGUGUUAGCUGUUUCGAAGACUGAAACUUUUGGUACAAAUGGUAGGUUACGGUUGUCGAAUAUGGAGAAAAACCCACAAGGUCAAAAGAAUUCGAAUCACAAUUUCGAGGAAUUUGAGAGUAAUAAUUUUCUUCGUCGGUUGGUUAAGAAUGGGGAGUUGGAGGAAGGGUUUAGGCAUCUCGAGAACAUGGUUUACCGGGGUGACAUUCCCGAUAUUAUCCCGUGCACGAGUUUAAUUCGUGGGUUUUGCCGGAUUGGAAAGACUAAGAAGGCUACUAGAAUCAUGGAGAUUCUUGAAGAAUCCGGGGCUGUUCCUGAUGUUAUAACUUAUAACGUGUUGAUUAGUGGGUAUUGUAAGUCGGGGGAGAUUGAUAGUGCGUUGAAAGUCUUGGACCGAAUGAGCGUUGCCCCGGAUGUGGUCACAUACAAUACGAUUUUGCGCACUUUAUGUGAUAGUGGGAAAUUGAAACAAGCUAUGAAGGUUCUUGAUCGGCAGCUGCAAAAGGACUGUAUUCCCGAUGUGAUAACCUAUACGAUUUUGAUUGAAGCCACUUGUAAAGAAAGUGGAGUUGGACAAGCAAUGAAGCUCUUGGAUGAAAUGAGGAUUAAAGGGUGUAAGCCUGAUGUGGUUACUUACAAUGUUCUUAUCAACGGGAUUUGUAUGGAAGGCAGAUUGGAUGAUGCUAUUAAGUUCUUGAAUAAUAUGCCCUCUUACGGUUGCCAACCUAAUGUGAUCACGCAUAACAUCAUUUUGCGCAGUAUGUGUAGUACAGGGAGGUGGAUGGAUGCUGAGAAACUAUUGGCGGAGAUGCUUAGAAAAGGGUGUUCACCAAGUGUUGUAACCUUUAACAUCUUGAUUAAUUUCCUGUGUAGGAAAGGACUACUUGGUCGAGCAAUUGAUAUUUUGGAGAAGAUGCCUAAACAUGGGUGUACACCAAAUUCCUUGAGUUACAAUCCAUUGCUUCAUGGGUUCUGCAAGGAAAAGAAGAUGGAUAGGGCGAUUGAGUAUCUUGAGGUAAUGGUAUCUCGGGGGUGUUACCCUGAUAUUGUGACCUACAAUACAUUGCUUACUGCUUUAUGUAAAGAAGGGAAGGUUGAUAUUGCAGUCGAGAUACUUGAUCAGCUAAAUUGCAAAGGCUGUUCUCCUGUUUUGAUUACAUACAAUACAGUGAUUGAUGGGCUCUCGAAGAUGGGAAGAACCGAACGUGCUAUCCAGCUAUUGGACGAAAUGCGGGAGAAAGGGCUCCGACCUGAUAUCAUCACCUACUCAUCACUCGUGAGAGGACUCAGUAGAGAAGGAAAGAUUGAUGAAGCUGUCAAAUUCUUUCAUGAUAUCGAACAGCGUGGGGUCAGGCCCAAUGCUAUCACAUAUAAUUCCAUUAUGUUGGGGCUUUGUAAGGCUCGUCAAACAUAUCGUGCCAUUGAUUUCUUGGCUUAUAUGGUAUCGAAGGGAUGCAAACCUACUGAAUCUACAUACACAAUUCUGAUCGAAGGCAUUGCUUAUGAAGGAUUGGCAAAGGAGGCUUUGGAGUUAUUGAACGAAUUGUGCACUAGAGGAGUGGUGAAGAAAAGUUCAGUCGAACAGGUGGCAGUCAAAAUAUAGCUUGAAUGCUUAACUGUUGCUUCAAUAAGGCAACUUUCUGGCACUGAAGUGAGCUCUACGGUUUAAUUUGUUGUAAUGUGAAUUGAAUUGUUCUGAAGAGUCAGGCUUUUUGCUUUCCUUUUGUUACUUUUCUAACAAAGGGAUGUCCCAAGCAGUUUUGCUCUUUGCUGUAUGCAUCGUUAGAUUUUGUUAUUUGCUUGGGUUAUUUCUUGAAUACCUUGGCCUUUAUAGUUAUUUUUUUCGUGGUGAGAUUAGAGGUAGUGCUAUUACUUUGGCCGGAGUCAAUGGUGUGAAAAUGCAAGAGAAAAGAUAUACAAUAUAGAUCAACGUUGUUGAUUCUACUUCAAAAUCGUGUUUUUACUAUAUUCAAUUUCUUGAAA